AUGGCGAAGACCUUGGGCCGGCUACAACGGCUCAAGAAGCGCCGACAAGACAGCGAAGCGCAAUCGACCCCAACGCCCCUGCUCCUAGCUCUACCAGCAGAGAUCAGGAACCUCAUCUACGAGUUUGCUCUCACGAGGGAUGAAGUCCGCGUACAUUGGGUGACAGGAACAACGCGUUUGAGGUUGAAGCCGGAGCUGAGAGUGUCAUCGAACCCUAAAGCCUCGAUCAACCAGCUUAAGUUUGUAAGCCGCCAGCUGUAUCAGGAGACAGCUGGCACUGAGCUGAAGUACAACCGCGUCGUGUUCGACGAUUCGAGCCCGUCGGCAUCAACGAAGCGCUUCUUCAGAUUCGUCACGUCGUGCUCAGCACCGAAGCUGCAAUGGCUACGGCAAGUAGUCAUAGAAGAAAAGUCCAACAAGGAAGACGAGUCGACAAUGGACUGGGUGAGGGACAACGUACAUUCCAUACUUACGCUACUCGAUUUCUGCUCGAAAAACCCUCAAAUCACCGUCCUCUACCGUAUCCCUCGGUUCCAGAUAUUCUGCUCGAUACCAGAGCACAACGAGUGCUACCAUGGACUUCAAUUUCUACAUACCGGCAUAUUUCUGGCUCUCGCUUUUCACGGAAAAGAUUACUUGUCGCUCGUACCGGGCUAUAAGAGUUCCAAUGCUCAGGUAUACGACCAACUGCUUUCUCAAACACUGGGAAGUUCCCGCGCUGCCUUUAUCGGCUUUCAUGGCCGGGCCGACAAUCUCUGCCUUAUGCCUCGCUGGGACAUUUGGGAGGAGAACGAGUUUAUGGGUCAGACAUUGCAAAACUGGAGUCAUGUAGCACAUACCCCUUCUCUUCUGCCGCCUGGUGGCUGCGAUAAGUGGUUGCAGUUUGCCAAGUCCUGGAUGGAAAAGGGCGUGUAG